AUGGCGGUUUCCCAUUCUCCUAGUAGCAGUUCUAACGUGUAUGUUUACAUGGCACCCUCAGAAGCAUUUGGUACUUCGUACUUAACAGAUAUAGUAUGGUGGUCUGGCACUAUUGCAAUGGCUCUGGGUCAAAUAGGGAAUUUCUUGGCCUACACUGCAGUCCCAACUGUGCUAGUGACGCCCCUGGGAGCUCUUGGCGUUCCAUUUGGGUCCAUUUUAGCUUCUUACUUACUGAAAGAAAAACUGAACAUUCUUGGCAAGCUGGGAUGUUUGCUGAGCUGCGCUGGGUCUGUUGUUCUCAUCAUCCAUUCCCCAAAGUCCGAGAGUGUAACGACUCAGGCUGAGCUUGAAGAGAAGCUUACAAAUCCAGUUUUCGUGGGUUAUCUCUGCAUAGUGCUGCUAAUGCUUCUCCUGCUUAUCUUCUGGAUAGCUCCAGCUCAUGGACCUACUAAUAUCAUGGUUUACAUCAGUAUUUGCUCUCUGUUGGGCAGUUUCACUGUUCCCAGCACAAAAGGCAUUGGGCUGGCUGCUCAAGAUAUCUUUCACAAUAACCCCUCGAGUCAAAGGGCUCUGUACCUCUGUCUGGUACUUCUGGCAGUAUUAGGAUGUAGCAUUAUCAUUCAGUUCAGAUACAUCAAUAAGGCACUGGAAUGUUUCGACUCCUCUGUGUUCGGUGCCAUCUACUACGUUGUGUUUACCACCUUAGUCCUGCUGGCUUCAGCCAUCCUUUUCAGGGAAUGGAGUAAUGUAGGAGUGGUAGAUUUCUUGGGAAUGGCUUGCGGAUUCACCACAGUAUCUAUUGGAAUUGUUCUUAUACAAGUCUUCAAGGAAUUCAACUUCAAUAUCGGGGAUUUAAAUAAACCUAACAUGAAGACAGAUUAAAAUAUUUUUUGAGGGGAAACUGGAUGGCUCAGCGAAGGAUGCAGAGCCUUUCAUUUCUAGGUCACUGAUUCAAACAUGAUUCAGGUUGGUAGUUACCCUCUGACAAUUUGGUGGCCUAUGUGAAAUGAAUUGGUGGCCUCCAUCCAGUUUCAAAGGAACAGUUGUCCAUGUACCCCAGUCAACACAAUAAAUGACCUUAAUUGGAACCACUGAUUGAGUUAGCAUAGAGACCGAUGUAUUUCCUUACCAUAAAAGGUAAUCCAUCAGAAAAGAUCUGGGGAUAUUCUGACAGAGCUGUGUGUUAAAGCUUGUAUUGUGGCUUCUGAGGUACCGUUUCUGUGGGCAGAGAACAUCAGUUUCUAAUGCACUCAAUCUGACACCUUUCAUGAGUGAUGUAUACCUUAAAAUAAGGGGGGGAAAAAAGCGAGUGGAACAAUUUGUUAAUCUCAAUAUAGCAAUGUGUUCACCGUCAAGGCU